UGGAGCCGCGCAGGGUUCGAGUCACAGGUGCUCCUGUGUGCCGCAGCUGCAGGGAGACACCGACACGUCCUGCUCCUUCAGGAAAAAGCAAAUACUGGGAUUUACGGAAUUUAUACUUCGAGGAUGUGCGGUAUGGACGUGGAUCUGGAUGAUGGCGGUUCGGCCGAGGAGGAGAAAGAAGAGGAGCUGUGGAUCAGCGAGGGAGUGAAGAUGCUGCCCCCUCCCGUGGCCCACAGCGGGGGCAGCGCGUGGGGCAGCCGGAGGGGCAGGUGCGGCUGCGUGGCGUGUGGGUUUGCGCUCGUGCUGUGGAACCUGUGCGUGGUCCUGGCCAGCACUCUGCUGCUGGCCGUGGUGUUCUCCGUGGUGCUGCUGCCUGCGGCGCUGCUGCUGUACGCCGGCUUCCUCUGCCACUCCAGGGUCCUCGAUGCCUCCUCCGCCAUCUGCCGUUACCUCGACGACAACAGCUGCUCCGCCCUCAUCAUCCUGGGCUUCGUGAUGAUGUCGCCGCUGGUGGUGGUGGCGGCGGCGGUCUUCUGCGGGCUGCUGCGGAGGUUCCGACUGCUGCUCUUCAUCCAGCCCAUCACGCGGGCCUGGUACAGGGGCAGGCUGCUGGACUGGGCGGGCGGCGUCCACGCCUGGGUCUGAUCGGCGCCGAGGCCCUCAGGGACGUUCAGUGAUGAAAAGUGACCGGGAUUGAAACGGAUGUGUGUAAAUUUGUCCGGGAAUACCCAGAGGGCAGACUCAAUAACAGAAACACUAACAGAGCAGCGCAACGGCUGAACAAUCAGUCCUGUUUUUCUUUUUCUUUGAGCAGGUGAUGUUAUCUGAAAAAGUCUCGGCAGGAACAUUUUGUUUUGCACCAAUAGUCGUCUCCGUUGUUCCGUCUCCCUCUGGGUAACUCUUGGUGAUUUUGUAAUCUAUUGAGAAGAAAUUGAAAAAUCUAUUUGAGAUAACCGUAGCAGUUUACUCACCAGUCUAAUAAGGCUUCGAAGGACAGCGUAGUUUUCUGCGGCAGUUUUUCUUUACUUUUUCACAAAGAUCUCAGCAAAAAUCCUGCAAACAUUUUUAUGUAAGUGGAGAACAGCAGAGGAACUGAAGAUACUCUCUGGAAAAUACAGAAUAAAUAGUUUCCUGACAACCUACAGCAGGUUCGCACCUUAAGAAGUCGCCUUCGUCUACAGUAUUAUGAUUUUCCAGACCAGUGUUUUUAUUUGGUGUUUCCUGUCUGCUCACCAUAUUGAUGAGUUUACCUGGUGGAUACAAGGUAUUUGUGGCGGCACAAAGGAAAUCUAGUAAAAAGUAAAAGCAAGAAGUGAUUCAGAAUUGUGCUUUGAGUUUAACUUAAUCCAGUUUGCAGAACUAAAGUCCUGUAGACGCCUAUAUAAUCAAGGUAAAUAUUGAUAUGAUAUAAAUAUGUAUAGAUGACUUUGAUGUUGUCUGUGCGGUGACGAUGAUGUCUGUAUUUCAACAGGUUUCUGCCUGAAGUAGCAUCAUUAGCAGUCAUGUCGUGUGGGAGGAAGGGAGUGUUUGAAGCACAUUUCAUUUUAACGGAUCUCUCUGAUCACCUGGUGCCAUAAAAUGGAAGAAACAUCCUUCAACAGAAAAAUAAAUAAAAAAAUCAACAGCUGACAGUAAAACAGAGUGAUGGAAUAGCAGUGUAGUAUUAGCCGGGUGUUAAAGAGGGGCUUAAUUGAACAGAUCAGGGGUUCAUUCUGCUGCCUCUGUGCUUUCUGGACAUUUAUAUUCAUUGGUGACACACCGUCUGCUCAUCCUUUCUCUGUAUUCUCGCUCUGUAAUUAGGUGUUCUGGCUCAAGGUUUUCACUUCGCUAUAGAGAAAAUCAUGUUUGCGGAGGAGCCUGCUAUUUCCUUGUCGUCUACUCCUUUCACAUUUUUGUUUUUUUAAUUCAGACAUGUUUGUUUAUAUAUUUUUUUCACGUUAUUUGAAAUGUCAGUCCUGCUAAUCAGCAGGCUAUGUCUGCUCUGCCCGGGUACAAAACUCAAGCGCUGUUUAUUCCACUACUUUGGAGAACUGUGUAAAAACAAGGGUGGAAUUUGUUUUCACAAAACUGUUAUGAACACUUCAUUAGGCAGACUAAUGUGAUCCAGAUCCGCUCUGACAUCAGUUCUGCUUUUAUGAAGGUCGUAUUAAUUUUCACUGAAGACUGUAAUUUCUGCCUGUCUCAUUAACCAACAUAUGUUGAACUAAACAAGAGAAAUGUCUCUCAAUAUAAUGCCAACUUUAAACUACAAAAUAAACACACAGUGACAAUAACAUUUCUCUGACUAUUCACAAUAACAGAACAUUUUGUAGACGCAGAAUUUAUUGUUAAAGUUGUUCUGACGGCUCACGUUUGAUUGUAUAAGUGUACCUACAGCUGUAAAGCGGCCAUUGAUUGUUUUUUCACUCCUAAAAUUGCCAAUUGGAAAGAUUGCAGCGGCCAGUGUUGGAUUAUCCUUUGUUUUGUUCUGCUUUUCAAGUAGGUGUUACCAACAAAACGGCGUGUUGUGACCUUCUGUCAAUAAAAAGAGGACCAUUUUUCUCA